AUGGAAGAUGUUCCCCUCUACUCUCUGGGACCCAUACGGCACUGGUCGCCGUUUGGUCUGCUGGAAGUCCCCGAGGUCAAUGAACUGUCGGGAGAUGCAGAACCACGGGUCUGUCAGGAAGCUCUGACGUGGAAACCAGAGUCAGUUUUGAGAAAGUCCGGACAAAUUUUGAAAACAGGUAUGGGUCAGGCGACAUCCACACUCCUGGACCUAGUCCUCAGUCACAUGUCUGAGGUUAAGGAGAGGGCUCAUAACCUAGGGGUAGAAGUCAGGAAAUCUAAACUAAAAACCUUUUGCGUUUCAGAGUGGCCUACCUUCGGAGUAAAGUGGCCCCAGGAGGGGACUUUCGAUCUCCAUGUGGUUCAGAGAGUACGAGAUGUUAUUCUCAACCCUGGUCCAAGAGGGCAUCCAGACCAGGUACCAUAUAUUAUCACCUGGCAAAGCCUAGUGGAAGACCCCCCCACAUGGAUCAAGGUUUUGAUUCCCUCACAGGUUCCUCCAAAAGUAUUGGUGGCAGAGGCUAAGCAGCUGAGUUCCAAGAAGCCAAUGGUGCUCUCAGACUCCGUCCCUUGUUCUGAUCUCAUUGAUCUCCUAGGGCCAGAACUUCCCCCACCUUAUUCCACAGGGGACUUGGUAGAAGUGGCAGAGAAAGUUUAUAAUAACAGAGAAACCCCUGAGGAGAGGGAGGAGUGGCUGAGGGCUGAAGACAGGAAGUAUCAAGCUGCUGAAGGGAAGAAGAAUAGUAGGGAAUUGACAAAAAUCCUGUAUGCUGUCACUCAAGGAGACAGACAUGGAUGUCUCGGUUCGGAGUCCCUCCCUGAACCGCGGAUAACACUAGAAGUGGAGGGGCAGCCUGUAAGCUUCCUGGUGGACACCGGGGCCCAACACUCAGUCCUCACCCAGCCACUAGGACAAUUAGACAAUAAACAGAGCUGGGUGCAGGAAGCCACAGGGAAGAAGAUCUAUAACUGGACUACUAAAAGAAGGGUUAACCUAAGCACAGGCCAGGUCAUGCAUUCUUUUAUGGUCAUUCUGGAAUGUCCAGCACCAUUACUAGGACGAGACCUCCUGAACAAAGUCGGGGCUAGGAUACAUUUUGAAAGGGAAAGGUUUAGAGUAACUGACCGCCAAAAUCAGCCCCUACAAGUCUUGACCAUGUCAUUGGUGGAUGAAUACCGCCUCUAUGAUACAGCAAAGUCUGGGGAAACCUUAUCAGGAUGGUGGCUGCAAGCUUAUCCUCAGGCAUGGGCAGAAACAGGGGGUCCUGGAUUGGCAGUGAAACAGGCACCCCUGUUCAUAGAACUUAAACCUGGGGCUGAACCAGUCCACAUUAAACAAUACCCAAUGACAUUGGAAGCAAGGAAGGGAAUCACCCCUCACAUACAAUGCCUUUUAGAUCAGGGAAUCUUGAGGCAAUGCAGAUCACUGUGGAACACUCCCCUUUUGCCUGUAAAGAAAUCUGGAACUGGAGAUUAUCGGUCAGUACAGGACCUAAGGGAGGUAAAUGCCAGGACUAUGGACAUACACCCCACAGUACCUAACCCUUAUACUUUAUUGUCGGCUCUGGCCCCAACUCAUGUUUGGUAUACUAUACUGGACUUGAAAGAUGCAUUUUUCAGCCUGCCACUGGCACCUAAAAGCCAGGAAGUCUUUGCCUUUGAGUGGAUCGAUGAGUCCCGUGGCAUCGCAGGACAGUUGACCUGGACCAGGCUUCCACAGGGAUUCAAGAACUCGCCUACUUUGUUCAACGAGGCACGACACUGAGAUCUGAGUGAGUACAGAAAUGCCCACCCACAGCUGACGCUUUUACAAUACGUUGACGAUCUUCUCCUGGCUGCCUGAGAUAAAGAACUGUGUAUGGAAGGGACUAAAGACUUAUUGCAGACACUUGGACAACUGGG